UGUGACGAGCGCAGACCGCAAUGCUCGCGAUGUGUGGACAGAAACCUCCCUUGUGAAUACACGCGCCCUGCCAAGGUGGUGCGGAAUUUGGACUCGUCUCCAUCACCUGCUAGCAGCGCCUGGAGCCAGCUUCAGAGCCUGACCAUUCCUAGCCCCAACUACGCACACUCAACUGUCACUUUGGGAUCGACAUCGAGUGUUUCUCCAAGUCUAUCUCCAGCUCCUCCGAGCAUCAAUGUUGACUUGGAGUUGCUGCAAGCCAACGCGCAACAAACAAGCAAUCUCGACGCGACAGAGCUCGAAUUGCUGAGCCACUACCUCUCACACACGGCCCGCUCACUUGCAUUCGACAGCCAAGACCUCUACGCGCUACAAGUUGGCUUCCCCAACCUCGCCUUCCGCAGCAAGCCCGUUAUGAGCUCGAUUCUUGCACUCGCAGCUGUAUGCAAGUGUAACGACAUGAUCGUGCAGUCCGGUACUCGACAACCUGACCAAGAUCAACUCCAAAGACUCCUGACUCUCGCGGAUGAGCACCACAGGGAGUCGCUACGCCAGACACAGGCCGACAUUCCGUACGCCGACCACUACGAUCACAUCGUGGCGAAUGCACCAUUGAUGGUGCUCUAUGCCUCGGCCAGCCGCUGCGUCCGUAUACGGCUUGCCCAGUUCUCCACUCAAGAUGACGACUCAUGCUCUGAUUCGGACUCGACUGAAUGGCAAUGGAUGUCCCUCAUCCGAGCAGCUCAUUCAGCGUAUACCGGACUCCCAAGCCCAAAGCAAGGAGCUGAGCCCUCACAGAAUUGGACCGAGGGUCUUUCAACGCCCAGUUUUACCCACCAAUCGUUUGCCAGCGAGACCGCCUUAGCCGAAGACGGACCCAGCAGGCAAACAAGAGAUCUUCUUCUCCCCAUAAUAGCAGCUACAUCAGGAAACGCCCUGGAAAAGCUGCGGGCCAGAGCACACAUGAUCGAGCCCGUUGCCGACAUGGCAUCUUGGGAAGAUAUGCUCAACGGGGACGGUAUCCUUCCACAACAGACCGAGUCAUGGAGUAAUGACAUCCAUGCCUGUUUGAUGUCUCUGGAUGUUCUUAGUGACAUCAUGAACGAGGUGUUCCAUCCCAACUCGGAAACGUCGCCCUAUUCCCUCCCAGACUCUCCACCCUUCGGCCAAGUGUCUGGCGUUUCACCCUGGUUGAGGAAGUAUCUCAGCCGUGUAACUUAUUCCUCGCCUUCUAAGCCAUGGAGGAGGACCAUCAUGUGGUUCCUAAACCGGGUCCCAGCAGAGUAUCUCAGCCUCGUCCAGACAAGUCUCGGCCUCGUCCCCAACGGUCAGAUCGAACCUUGCCUUGACCCUAGCCUUGGGAUGCAAGAAAUCAAUAGCGUGUCUCAGCUCGCUAUAGACAUCUUUGCCCACUGGCUAGUUCUUGUGAUGCUGCUAGAUGGAGUCUGGUGGAUCGGCGGCAUCGGAGCUUGGGAACUAGGACGAGUCAUGUCUUGCAUGGGCAAUCAAGAUUGGCUUGGUCAGUUUCAAGAGAAGAAGGAGGAUUGGUGGCCCAAGAGUAUAUACAACAUUGCAACAGAGAUACGGAAGCACGUGUAG